AUGACAUCCUUCAAGGAUGCCUCCAAUGCCCGACCCUUUGGCCAGUCCUCCACUCCUCACACCCGCCAGUCCUCCGGCCGUCUCCAUUCCCACUCCAUAUCCCUCGGCGUCGUCAACACAAACCACCGUGUCACCCGCAGGAAGAGCAUGACUUCUACCGCAAACGUCGCUGCCGUCGCUGCUGCCCUCGGCGGCUCCCCUGCCUCCCAGAACCCACUGCCCACCACCUCCUACCACCGUCGAGGCCUGAGUUCGCGAAAAGUCGGCCUCGAAUCUACCUCCAUGGGCUCCUCAUCGUCCGCCCUCGGCUCGUACAUCGCCCAGCAACGGAAGAACUCGCCCAAUUCCGCCGUCACCACCGCCGGCAAUAAUACCAACACCACCACCACCACCACCAACAACAACAACAUCAACAUCAACAGUAAUAAUAAUCAAAGCGGAGAGGAAACCUCAUCCACGAGUCGACCGAUCAGCACCAAACACCGCAGCCGUCGAGCCAGCGAGGGCUCACAUCUCAUCAGAGGCGAGGGAAAACGGUCCUUGACUGAGCUGAAGUGUGAUCGGUGUGGGAAAGGGUAUAAGCAUAGCAGUUGCUUAACAAAGCAUAUGUGGGAACAUGACCCCGCGUGGGCCUAUACCUCUAAGCUGCUCAUCUCCAAACAUCAGCAGGUCCAGCUCCUCGAAGCUGCGACCGUCCUGGUGAACAUGAACCAAGAGCCCACCCCGUCGGACCAUGCCCGCUCUGGCGACUCCGACCGUUCCUCCGCCUCCCCAACCGCCUCGGGAAUAUCAGAAUUACGCGAUGAAUUGAGUUCAACAGAGACCACACCUCCACCGGCGGGUGACGAAUCCAUGACCAAACUGGGAGACCACCACCGUUUUGGUUCUUCUGCCUUCUCUCGCUCGUUCCAGUCCAUGCCGUCGAGCUCCUUCGCCGGAAGCGCUCCAUCAUACUCCCCCGCCCGAUCCCACUUCCGCCAGUCCAGCAUAGACACUCGGCCCUCAACCGCUGGUACCGGUGUCCUGGAUGACGACGAGGCCGGUCUAGCAGCCGCCAUCGAACUAUGCAACUUUGGCACCCCACGGACCGGUGCCAACGCCAUGUCCUCUGACGUCCCUCCGGUGCCUCCACUGCCAGCUCGCUACCUGAGCCAGAGCAUGAAUAACAGCUCCCACGCUGGCGGCGGCGCACACAACACCGCGCGAAGCUUCGACGUUCGAAGCACAACCUCUAAAGACGCGUCCUCCACGCCCACCAUGUUCAAUCCCUUCCUUAUCAACCCCCCGCUCUCAUACAAGAUCUCAGACGAACGGGACGUAAAAAUGGGCGAUGUCAAACCGAUCCACGAAGAAGACGACAAUUUCGAUCGAGAUUCUGUCGUUCCCAUGGAUGAAGAUGAUGACGGGGUCUUUGGCAAGAUGGAGGAAUGA